CCAGUCUGAUUUUACAUCAGCUUAAUAUUAUCUGCGACCUUUUAAAUUUUUCAUAAAGCUAGUGAUACCCACUGUAUUGUGUUAAGAUGCGUUCUCUGAUUUUUGUUGUACUUGUUGCUGCAAUAGGAUUUGCUGCCGCUGAAUGGAGAGUGUCCCCUUACGUUGGGGAGGGUAUUCCAGAGUGUUUAGAACCGUAUUUUGAGUGUAUAGAAACAUUUUUCAAGCUGUUGGCCGAUCUAAUUCUACAAGCCAAAGAGAAAUUUGGUGCCGUCACUGUCAUUGAAAUCAUCAAGAAGAUUUUGGAACAUUUGAUUCCCGAAUUAGGCACAAGUGGAGGUGAUCCAUGGAAUUCGCUAACCGAUAUUCAAGGUCUGACUGCUACAGCUACGAAAUUAAUUCCAUGGGUAAAGAAAGCAGAUCAGGGUGAUACAUUCACGAACCUACUAGAAGGCUUGUUACAUGGAUCACAGCAAGUGGAUAACUUACAGCUAUCUUUUUCCAACGUCUUUGACUAACUGUACACGUAAUAUCACAGGGUAACAAAAACAUUUAUUUGAGAUUUUUUUUUUAAAGUGAAUAACAUAAGCCUUCAAAUAUAACUGAAUAGAUACUUUCAAUAUUAACUUUUGAAAUAAAGCUAUAGACAUGGA